AUGCACCCCGUCUCCGUCCUCACUUUUGGCAUCUUUCUAGCUGGCUACAUCACUGCGCGCUGGGAUCUGGUUACUCGGCUGUACGAGCUAGCCAUCUUCGCCUGGGAUCACGGUGUCAUUACGCGCGCUGCUAAGGGUUGCGCCGUUCUAUCCAUCUUCUUCCUCAUCGUCUGCAUCCCCAUUGAGCGCAUAGCUGCGCGCGAAGCCGAGCUUCAAGAAGCUCUCCGCGAUGGGAGCAUGACCACCCGCAACCAUGGUCUGAUGCGCAUAUUCUGGCCUUCUGAUGCGCCGAGGGAUACAAUACCUGGGGUUCUGGUGGGAUGGAGGAAUUCAGAUCUGGAUAUCCUCGUAGUGGGUGUCCUGCAGGGAGUAGAGGCGCGAAAUGUUGAGCAUGCGUUGCGCGUGCAACACCUCUUUCGAGGCAGCCCUUACUCUGUCGAGAAGAUCGUUCAGCACUGUGGUGGCAAGCCAUUGCAGGUGCUGGGCACGUUGAAUGCCAACUACACGGUUGCAGCGUUCGAUCCCAAGCUCCUCUCGCUGCACACAGUGCUCAGAAGCACCACUCCUCAAGUCGACUGCCCUCCAGAUACCGCCAUCACCUUCCAGAUGAUCAUGUUCGAUAGGCCAGAUCCAAAGCGAAUGCAAUAUUUCUCGCUCACGCCGAUCUCACUUGCCCUCGAAGACAAGCCAGGUGCUUUUGGCAGCGUACCACCUUUCGAUACCAUCGACAAGGAAGAGGAGCGCGAAAAGAAGAGGAGGGAGAAGCUGGUGGAGAAGCUGAAGCAACACACAGUCAUACACUACCCGCGGACCCAAAAGGAGCUGGCACUUCAAGAUAUCGUCGUGCAGAUCAAUUGCUCGGCUGAGCUUGAUGCUCUGAUGCAACAGAACAUUCACCUGGUCGGGCAACGGACGAAGCGAACAUUAAGUGUCAGUGAAAGAGUUGUAGAGUCGGCGACCAACAUCUGGGAUUUCAUCAUACUCUGGUCGAAGCAAACACUGAAAGAACAUGUCUGGCCGUUUGCAUCUCAGGUCCUUAUCAUCUACUUGAUGGGCAUUCGAAUAGCAGCCGAAGGCCUACUUUUGUUCUUGGAUUGGAGACCACUGGGAAGCGCUGCGCUCAAGGACGUCUCAGCUACAGCACAGCAGCUGGACAUACGACUGCAGCAAUUCUGCUAUUGGCCAGACCAAUACAUCACCCUUAACAAAAGACGAAGUGACUGGGAGAGCAUCACGAACAGCCAUCCUGAUUACAUCCGCUUUUUCAACAGCUUGUGGCUCGUGGCGAACGAUGUCAUUAUAGGCAUUGCGCUGGGUUCCUACAUCAUUGAGAAUGUGGACUUUGUGGCUACCCGCAUGGACAGUAUCAUGAGCACGUACUCGAUUGAAGGGUUGCAGCGGACGCUCACAUGGCUCAUGGACUAUCCUGCUGGGCUGAAGCUCAACAACGAACUGGCGCAAUUCCUCGGAGAUCUGUUCCUGUGGGUCAUCGACUACUGGAAUGGUUGUAUGUCCCAGCUCCGACCGUUCUUGCCAUUCGUGAUCCGCCUCAUUGGAAUGUCGAGCUUUGCUGGCGCCAGUCUUCCGAUAUCGAUGUUUUCGGACCUCUUGUCGCUGCUCACCAUCCACGUCUACUCUUUCUAUAUCGCAUCAGCUCGGAUAUACAACUGGCAGCUCACGAUUAUAAUUUCGCUCUUCCACCUGUUCCGAGGGAAGAAGCGAAAUGUUUUGCGGAACCGCAUCGACAGCUGCGACUACGAUCUGGACCAACUGCUCUUGGGCACGAUCUUGUUUACUCUGCUGUUCUUCCUGCUCCCUACAGUCGCGGUCUUCUAUGCGACAUUUGCUGGAGCUAGGAUGGCAAUCAUCGCUCUCAAGGCCGCUCUGGACACAUGGCUCGCUUGUUUGAACCACUUUCCGCUCUUCGCACUCAUGUUACGGAUCAAGGACUCUCGGCGUUUACCAGGCGGGAUUCGAUUUGAACUGCAAGAUACCCCUGCUGCAUUGAUUUCUGCGUCAUCAUCUUCUCGACAACUGGCUUCGGCACCAGUCUCGUACAUCAAGCUGAAGUCCAUUCCGUUACCUCUUUCACAAACCUUCUCCCAAUACGCCCAACUCGGCCACCGUCUCCGCAAACACUAUAUCUCGCCACGAGUCUUUCUCUGCCUCGUCUCCGGGCAAUUCAUCCCUCCAAUUCAUAGGAAGAAUCUGUACAGCCUGCAGUAUAGCAUGCUACCUGUACAGAGGGCCACGAUUGGAGAGUUGUGGCAGUUAUUGACGCGGGAGAGGAAGUCUGAGGGAGUUGGCGCCUUUGCGCAUACGAACGGCCAUGUUGCGUCUUUGCCUCCUGGUAAGAAGGGUGGGAGUGGGAAGUUGAAAGGGGCGAAUGGGUAUUGGUGGAGUAGAUAG